CAGCCGACAUGGAUCCGUAUGGCGGUGAUGGCCAUCAGCCGGAUCCCGACAGUGGACUCCAAGAGUCCAUGUGGCGUUUGGAACUUGGUGGUGGCGGCAAUCGUGGUGGCGGGUUACCAGAGAGACCGGGGAAGCGGGACUGCGCUUACUAUUUGCGGACCGGAACUUGUGGGUAUGGUGAGAGAUGCCGCUACCAUCACCCCCUUGAUCGCGUCAGUACGCAGGUAGCCGGGCCUGCGAGGCUGGUAGCUGGAGAGUAUCCGGAACGCUAUGGCCAGCCUUUUUGUGAGUACUUCUUGAAGACUGGGACUUGUAAGUUUGGCUCUUCUUGCAAAUACCACCAUCCUAGACAAGGAGAUGGAUCCGUUCAGCUGGUCUUAUUGAACAGCUAUGGAUAUCCACUACGCCCGGGUGAGGAAGAGUGCUCAUACUUUAUGAAGACGGGGAAAUGCAAAUUUGGCUUAACUUGUAAAUUCCAUCAUCCACAAACUACUAGCGCCUCUAUGCCCUCUCCUGCACCUGUGUUUUAUCCAAUGGUGCCAACUACGUCUAUUGCUACACCACAACAGUACCCUGAGGUGGGAGUUUGGCAGGUUGGGAGGUCUUCUUCGGCAUUGUCUGGUGCAUACAUGCCAAGUUCAUAUGGCCCCGUGUUGUUUUCACCUAGGGUUCUUCCAGUCCCUGGUUGGAAUGCUUAUCCGACACCAAUAAAUGAGUCUGCUUCUUCUGGCGCUCAACAAUCUACUCAAGUAGAACCACUUUAUUGGCAACAUUCUCAGUUGUCUUCCUCUGCAUCAGCAUACUCUGGUUCCUAUCCUCUUGUAACUUCUUUAGUUGGGCCUUCAACUAAUAAUAAUCAGAUAGAGCAGAACCUUCCACAGAGACCUGGUCAACCUGAGUGUCAAUUUUUCAUGAGAACAGGGCAGUGUAAAUUUGGGGCCGCAUGUAGAUAUCAUCAUCCACCAAACUGGAGCAUAACUGCAACAAAUUGCUCACUGAAUCCUCUAGGCCUUCCCCUUCGACCAGUUAUGGAUUUGGGGAAGGUGAUUGACAAUUCUGAGAUGCAUGAUAGUCUAUACUUGCUCAAAGAAAAUAACUUUAUUGGGGGCUCAGCCCUGUGCUUACUAUACUCAACAUGGUACCUGCAAAUUCGGUCGGACAUGCAAAUUCGAUCACCCAAUCAGUACAUUCGGUUAUAAUUCCGCGUCUUUAAUCGACGUCCCUGCCGCGCCUUACCCUUUUUGAAUCUCACUUCUAAUGUGAGCUCCUUACCCAAUAGCAAUAUUUCUCAUUCCUACAAACGAGGGCCUGAUUUCCCAAUAGCAAUAUUUCUCAUUUAUCUUUGGAUCAUGUAAGGGCAGUUUUUUUACCCCCUUCCAUUAUUUAAUCCAGUUUUCUGAUGUCUUAUUCAAGCUGUAACAGUACAUAGAUCAGAUUGGUCACAUCUCCAUUUCUGGCUGAGGAGCAGUAUCCAGAAUUAAUAUUAAAGCUGUCGAUGCAUUAUGCAUAUGGUGAGGUUCCAAUGCAUUCUUCACUAUUCUUAACACGGAUAAAAAAUGAUCAUACUUUAUGUAUGUAUUUAUUUAUUUGGACAACUACAUUUUUCUCAGUUCUAUAGCCCUACUUGGAUCAAUUUCUGAUGGUUAGUC